AUGAUGACAAUGAAUUAUUUCGUUGUACUUUCCUUAUGUACAUGGAUGGUUUUCAAUUCAGGCAAAGUUACUGGUGCUCAAAUAUCAUCCAAUGCUAUGAAUAAUUGUGAAAUAUAUGAUCCAACAGCGGACCAAUGGACCGUUAUUGCAAGUAUGACAACAGAACGUAUACAUCAUACUGCGACUCUGCUUAAUUCCGGCAAGGUUCUUGUUUGUGGUAGUGGAGGAUAUACUGGCUAUAUAGCUACAUGUGAAAUAUAUGAUCCAUCAACCGAAAAAUGGGAGGCUGCUGCAAGCAUGACAACGCCACGCGGUUUUCAUACUGCAACCCUACUUGGUUCGGGUCAAGUUCUUGUCACUGGUGGUACUACCUUUAACUUCAACGGUGAUUUGAAGACUUGUGAAAUAUAUGAUCCAUCAACGAACAAAUGGACUCCUACUACAAGUAUGUCCGCAUCACGUUCAGGUCAUACUGCAACUGUACUUAAUUCGGGUAAAAUACUUGUUACGAAUGAUGGAGCUACUUCUGAAAUAUACGAUCCAUCAACGAGCCAGUGGAGCUCUCCUACUAGUGUAGGACCAGCAGCGCGUUAUAAUUCGGUUGCUACCCUUCUCAAGUCAGGUGAAGUUCUUGUUGCUGCUGGCAUUCAAGCAGCUAAGUAUUCGCUUACUUGUGAAAUUUAUAAUCCAUCAACAAACCAAUGGGAUAUCAUUUCAAGUAUGACAACAGGACGCUCUCGUCAUACUUCAAUUCUACUCAGUUCGGGCAAAGUUCUUGUUGCGGGUGGUGUCGGAGAUGCUGAUUUUCUAGAUAGCUGUGAACUAUACGAUCCAUCAACGGGCAAAUGGAGCGUUGUUACUAAAAUGAUAGCAGAACGUGCUGACUUUACUACAACCAUGCUCAAAUCAGGCAAAAUUCUUGCUACUGCUGGCUAUGGAUAUACUGGUUAUUUAGAUAGUUCUGAAAUAUAUGAUCCAUCAACAGGCACAUGGAAUCCUAGUGCACGUCUAUCACUAACACGUGCUUCUCAUACUACAACCAUGCUCAAUUCAGGCAAAGUUCUUGUUACUGGUGGCGAAAAAAUCGGUAGUUAA